AUGGCGAGUUCUUUGCUAGCCCUGCUUGUGGUGAUCGUCGUGCACUGCAUCGUCCAUGCAUCGGCCUCCGGCGCGAACCCCACAGCCGGGUUCCUGAAAGUGGAUCUGACCGACGGCAACUUCCAAGGGCACGAUUACUCGUCUGGAGUGUGGCAGUUUCAGGGAUACGGGUAUGUGCCGUCGGGCACAUCCGGCGUGUCAGUGAUGCAGAUUCACAACGAGGAAGGCGCGGAGCACUCAACUGUGCUGAUGCUGCACGUCUACGACGGUGUGCUUCGUUUCUACAGUGGGCAGGCCGUGGAGGGGAACAUCUAUGACCGUUGGUUCCGGCUCAACGUGGUGCAUGAUGUGGAUAGGUCCACCGUGGCUGUGUACAUUGAUGGGGAGAAGAAGUUUGCCACCGAUGUGACCCCUAGCCGGUCAUACUACUUCAAGUUUGGCGUCUACAUGCAGCACCACAACUGGUCGCCCUGCAUGGAGUCGCAUUGGACCAACGUCACAGUCUACACCAAGCCCUAG